AUGGUUCCAGAAGGUGAGGACAAGGUUCCCGACGCUAAGGACAAUGUUCCUGUCGCUGAGGACAAGGUUCCUGACGCUGAGGACAAGGUUCCUGACAGUGAGGACAAGGUUACUGACUGUGAGGACAAGGUUCCUGACUGUGAGGACAAGGUUCCUGACGGUCACGACAAGGUUCCUGACGGUGAGGACAAGGUUCCUGACGGUGAGGACAAGGUUUCUGACGCUGAGGGCAAGGUUCCAGACGGUGAGGACAAGGUUCCUGACGCUAAGGAGAAGGUUGCUGACGCUGAGGACAAGGUUCCUGACGCUGAGGACAAGGUUCCUGGCGCUGAGGACUAGGUUCCUAACUGUGAGGACAAGGUUCCUGACGGUGAGGACAAGGUUCCUGACGGUGGAGACAAGGUUGCUGACGCUGACGACAAGGUUCCUGACGCUGAGGACAAGGUUCCUGACUGUGAGGACAUGGUUCCUGACUGUGAGGACAAGCUUCCUGACUUUGAGGACAAGGUUCCUGACGCUGACGCUGACGACAAGGUUCCUGACGCUGAGGACAAGGUUCCUGACGCUGACGACAAGGUUCCUGACAGUGAGGACAAGGUUCCUGACGGUGAGGACAAGGUACCUGACGGUGAGGACAAGGUUCCUGACGGUGAGGACAAGGUUCCGGACGGUGAGGACAAGGUUCCUGAUGCUGAGGACAAUGUUCUUGACGCUGAGGACAAGGUUUCUGACGCUGAGGACAUGGUUCCAGAAGGUGAAGACAAGGUUCCCGACGCUAAGGACAAGGUUCCUUACGCUGACGACAAGGUUCCUGACGCUGAGGACAAGGUGCCUGACGCUGACAAAAAGGUUCCUGACAGUGAGGACAAGGUUCCUGACGGUGAGGACAAGGUAUCUGACCGUGAGGAUAAGGUUCCUGACGCUGAGGACAAGAUUCCUGACGGUGAGGACAAGGUUCCUGACUGUGAGGACAAGGUUCCGGACGGUGAGGACAAGGUUCCUGACGCUGAGGACAAGGUUCCUGACUGUGAGGACAAGGUUCCUGACGGUGAGGACAAGGUUCCGGACUGUGAGGACAAGGUUCCUGAUGCUGAGGACAAUGUUCUUGACGCCGAGGACAAGGUUUCUGACGCUGAGGACAUGGCUCCAGAAAGUGAGGCAAGGUUCCCGACGCUAAGGACAAGGUUCCUUACGCUGACGACAAGGUUCCUGACGCUGAGGACGAGGUUCCUGACGCUGACAAAAAGGUUCCUGACAGUGAGGACAAGGUUCCUGACGGUGAGGACAAGGUAUCUGACGGUGAGGAUAAGGUUCCUGACGCUGAGGACAAGAUUCCUGACGCUGAGGACAAGGUCCCUGAGGCUGAGGACAAGGUUCCUAACGCUGAGGACAAGGUUCCUGACCCUGAGGACAUGGUUCCUGAGGCUGAGGACAAGGUUCUUGACGCUGAGGACAUGGUUCCUGACGGUAAGGACAAGGUUGCUGACGCUGAGGACAAGGUUCCUAACGCUGAGGACAAGGUUCCUAACGCUGAGGACAAGGUUCCUAACGCUGAGAACAAUGUUCCUGACGCUGAGGACAAGGUUCCUGAGGCUGAAGACAAUGUUCCUGGCGCUGAGGACAAUUUUCCUGGCGGUGAGGACAAGGAGUGA